AUGAAUGAGAUGCCUACCCUCUCCACUGCCAACUUGAGCUACUCUGCAUUUCAGCUGACAGGCUUCCCUGGCUUGGAAUGGGCUCACCACUGGAUCUCACUGCCCAUUUUUGCAGGCUACCUCGUGGCCUUGCUGGGCAAUUCCACCAUCUUGCAUCUGGUUCGAACUGACCCUUCCCUCCAUCAGCCUAUGUACUACUUCCUGGCCAUCCUGGCCGUGACAGACGUGGGCCUGUGCAUGUGCACCCUGCCCUCGGUGCUGGGCGUGCUGUGGUUUGACGCCCGCAGGGUCGGCCUGGUGUCCUGUGUCCUGCAGCAGCACUUCCUCCACUCCUUCUUCUUCAUGGAGUCGGCCGUGCUCUUCGCCAUGGCCCUGGACCGGUUGGUGGCCAUCCGAUUCCCACUGCGCUAUGCGGCUAUGCUCACAGGCCCCCGGGUGGCUCUGGCGGGCGCCGUGCUGGGCAUGCGGAGCGCCAUCAUCACCGCGGCACCCUCGCUGCACCUACUGAAGUUUGACUACUGUCGCCCUGGGGCGCUCUCCCAUGCUUACUGCCUGCACCAGGACAUGAUCCGCCUGGCCUGCUCUGACACCCGCUUUAACAGGCUCUACGGGCUCUGCAUCAUCAUGCUGGCCAUGGGCUCCGACGUCCUCUUCAUCGUGCUGUCCUACACUGUCAUCCUGCGCACCGUGCUGGCCAUCGCCUCCUCAGGCGAGCGCUUCAAGGCCCUCAACACUUGCGUCUCCCACCUCCUGGCUGUGCUCUGCUUCUAUGUGCCAGUGCUUGGACUCUCCAUUGUGCACAGGUUUGGACAUCACCUCUCACCCCUGGUGCACAUCCUUAUGGGGACCAUCUCUGUGCUCUUCCCACCCCUGAUGAACCCCAUUAUCUAUAGCGUCAAGACCAAGCAGAUCAGAAAGGCCAUUCUCAAGGUGGUCUCACUGGGAAAGUUACAAUAA